AUGGAGUCGUGUGCAGCGAUUGGGGAUGUAUUCGCGGGUCCUACAGCGCGAGGGUUUGAGAUCUCAAAGCUCCUCCUGUCUCGGCCCUCAUCGGUGCUCGUGAUCUCCGCCGUGGGGAUGUUGAGCGUCGACUCCAUAGCUCCUCCCCGGAAGGUUGUCCGGUCGGAUCCGCACAGGGCCGUGCCCCGCGCGUUCGUCCGGCGGACACGGAAGACUCGUCGGAGAUCGAUCACCGACGACGACGACGACGGCUGCGAAGGGUGUUUUGGGGACUGGGAUGGAGAUGAUGGUUCGUUUGGGGGAGGCAGCGGAGGAGGAGGUGGAGGAAGGUGGUGGAAUUUCGAGGGGCGCGGGGGACCGGAUUGGGGGGAAUGGGGAUCUUCCUCUGCUUCCUCCGAUCCGGCUUUCGAUGUUGUAUACGGCGUGAUCUGCUGCAUGGCCCUCUACAGCUGCUCCGGAUUUGCUUUCAAGAGGAUCUGCCAAUUCCUGGCGAACAAGGAAAAGAUGGCACUACUGCGAUUGAUCCCUCAUUUCGCUCCCUAG